AUGGGUAGAUUGAGACAGCUUAUUCUAGUUUUCAACAUUCUCCUCUUUGCUGGGAGCUCAUUGAGGCUGCUAGAAUCAGUUACCCAUGAUCGACUUGCUUUGCUCGAAUUUAAGAAACAAAUAUAUGAUCCAUAUGGAGCACUGAGUUCUUGGAAUGAAUCCAUCCAUUUCUGCAACUGGGUUGGGAUCACAUGUGGCCAUCGUCAUCAACAACGGGUUAUCAGCUUGAAUUUAAAAGGAAAGGGCUUGGGAGGAAGCCUAUCUCCUUCCAUACGGAAUCUCACUUUCCUUCGUUUCCUCAUCAUUUCAAACAAUAGCUUCCAGGGCAAAAUCCCCCAAGAGAUUGGUAAUCUGUUUCGACUACAACUCAUUAGUUUUACUAACAAUAGUCUUCAAGGAGAAAUUCCUACCAGCUUAUCCAACUGCACCCGUCUUAGAGUAUUUCACUCCUCCAAUAACAAUCUUGUCGGGAAGAUUCCGGUUGAACUAUUUACAUCUUUGUUAAAGCUAGAGAUAAUUUCUAUUAAUGGUAAUGGCUUGACAGGAGAAAUACCAGGUUCUUUUGGGAACAUUUCAUCCAUCCAAGCUAUCUCUUUGGGUGGAAAUGAAUUGCAGGGGAGCAUUCCAAAAUCCUUUGAUCGGCUAACAAACUUAUAUGCUCUAGCACUUGAUCAAAACAAGCUAUCUGGUAUGUUCCCUGUCUCACUAUAUAAUCUCUCAUCUCUUGAAUCCAUUUCUCUUCUUAAAAAUCAACUUCAUGGGAGCCUUCCACAAGACAUAGGCCUCACUCUUCCAAAUCUCAAAAUACUAGAAAUUGGACUGAACCUUUUCUCAGGGAGCAUUCAGAGUUCCAUCUCAAAUAUUUCAACACUCGAAAUUCUUGAUCUCGGUGGAAACAAUUUUGUUGGACCCGUCCCUAAAAACUUGGGAAAUCUUCAAAACCUUCAAUGGUUCAGUAUUAAUGAAAAUCAAUGUGGAGCAGGGGAAGCUGAUGAUUUAGAUUUUGUAAAUUCUUUGGUUAAUUGUACAAAUUUAGAAAGUUUGGGCCUAAGAGAUAAUGGUUUUAAGGGUCCCCUUCCCAACUUUAAAGCCAAUCUCUCAACACAUCUCUCAAUACUUUAUUUGGGAGGGAAUCAAAUAUCUGGAACCAUACCUAUUGGGAUUGAGAAUUUCGUUAACUUAACUUGUUUGGGCAUGGAACGGAACUUGCUGGAAGGUAAUAUUCCGUCUGGCAUAGGGAAACUUCUGAAGCUUCAAAUAUUAGCCUUGGAUGAAAACAGACUUUCAGGACGGAUACCUUCCUCUAUAGGCAAUCUCACUCAUUUGUUUAAACUCCAUUUAGAAGCCAACAACUUGAAUGCAAACAUUCCUUCCAACAUUGGAAAUUGUCAACGGUUACAGUACCUAAGCCUUUAUAAUAACAACAUCCAAGGUCAAAUACCUAAACAACUCUUUCUUAUUUCCUACUUGUCGAUAUCUCUGGACUUAUCUUAUAACUCUCUGAUCAGUUCCCUACCAACUGAAAUUGGCAACUUGAAGGCUCUUUCUAGAAUAGAUAUCUCCAAUAACAAACUGUCUGGAGAAAUUCCAUCCUCCAUUGGUUAUUGUAAUAGUUUGGAACAUCUAUUAUUGGGGGGUAAUUUGUUUGAAGGAACCAUUCCUCAAUCUUUGACUCUUUUGAAGGGGCUUCAAGAUUUAGAUCUCUCACUCAACAACUUAUCAGGGCAAAUCCCAAAAGAUCUAGAGAAACUUUCAGUAUUGCACAAUUUGAAUUUAUCCUUCAAUAAUCUUGAGGGGGAGGUACCAACAAAAGGAAUCUUUGGAAAUUCAAGUGCAAUUUCAGUGAACGAAAAUGAUAAGCUUUGUGGGGGAAUUGUAGAGCUACAACUGCCUAUAUGCACAAACCAUGGAUCAACAAAACGAGAGAAGUCCAAUGCUUUUAGAAUUGUUUUGGUGAUAAUCAGUGUGGUUCUUGGUUUUCUUUUGAUAUCUUCCUUUCUUACUCUUUUUUGGAUAAGAAGAUCAAAAAGUAAACCUCCAUCCACACCGUUAAUCGGCGAUCAGUUCUUAAAGCUUUCUUAUAGAGAACUCUUCCAAGCUACUGGAGGAUUUUCUCUUGCUAAUUUCAUAGGUUCUGGUAGUUUUGGCUCUGUCUACAAAGGAAUUCUCAACCAAGAUGAAACUAUUGUCGCAGUCAAGGUGCUCAACCUUCAAAAUCCAAGAGUUUACAAGAGCUUUAUGGCUGAAUGCAAAGCAUUAAGAAACAUUCGGCAUCGAAAUCUUGUCAAGAUUUUAACAUCCUGUUCAAGUCUUGAUUCAAAAGGCAACGAUUUCAAAGCUCUUGUUUAUGAGUUCAUGCCCAAUGGGAGUCUAGAUGAUUGGUUGCAUCUGCUAGUGGAGGCACAUAAUCAUUCAAGGAAUUUAAGCCUUCUUCAAAGAUUAAACAUAGCAAUCGACGUGGCUUCUGCUUUGGAUUACCUUCAUUAUAAUUGUUAUGCGCCAAUUGUUCAUUGUGACUUGAAACCAAGCAAUGUUCUACUUGACAGUGAUAUGACUGCACAUGUUAGUGAUUUUGGUUUGGCGAGACUACUUUUAGAACUGGACGAUAAUUCAUCCCAGAAUCAAACUAGCACCAUUGGGAUAAAAGGAUCUAUUGGCUAUGCUGCUCCAGAAUAUGGCAUGGGUGAAAAAGCAAGUAUACAAGGGGACGUGUUUAGCUAUGGGAUCCUUUUAUUGGAGAUGUUCACUGGGAAAAAUCCAACAGAUCAGAUGUUCACUGAUGACUUAAAUCUCCAUAACUUUGCAUUAGCAGCUUUACCUGUAGAUGUGAUGCAAAUUUUAGAUCCAACACUCCUACCCAAGGAAGAACAAAGUGGAGAAAUUGAAGAGGAUUAUAUCAACAGAGCUGAAGGACCUAGUCAUUUGACAGAUAAAUUGCAAAAUUGCAUAACGUCAAUAAUUGAAAUUGCAGUCCAGUGUUCCAUGGAAUCGCCAAGAGAACGUAUGAACAUGAACAAUGUUGUGAGGGAGCUACAUUUAAUCAAAAGGAAAUUUUUUUGAAGCUAGAAUCUAUCAAUAUAGAACAACUACGUCUGAUUAGAAGGUUUUUACUA